AUGUCUAAAACUUCUACAUCCACAGGGUUUUCUUUCCCUCCUAGGGAUCCUGGCUAUCCGAGGGAAUGCGAUUACUGCUUUCCUAGGAUUGAUUUUUAUGAUGGAGCCGAAUUCGCUCGUCAUCUUCGAGUUGUUCAUUCUACAAAAGAAGGUGGAUCAUUUGUUUGCAGAUAUGGUGAAAACAAUGUUUGUCAAAAACUGCCUUUAGAAGGAGUUUCUGAUGUUGACUAUGAAGCUCACAUUAGGCGAUUUCAUACUUGUGGUAUCCACCCUUACUGUGUUGAUGAAACCUAA